UUUUGAAUUCAAGUUUCAGUUGUGGUCAACAUCUCUUUGGGAAUCUUUUGUUUUCUUCUUUGCUUCAAGUUCAUUUUUGCCAGUCAAGUCUUUUCACAGUUAAUGCUUCAAAACCAUUUCUUUCACAAAAGAUAAUUUUUAUUCCUGCCAAUGGAUAAUUCACUGAAAAAUAUUGAAAAAAAGGAUAACUUAAAUAAAGUUACCAUAAAGGUUAAGGUUGAAAAUGAGGGAUAUCAUGAUAUAGUAAUAGAUUGGUCGGAUGAAAGGUUUCCAUACAAAGAUCAGCAAGUUAUUAACCAGCUUUCGACGAUAAUCGGAAUUCCAGUCGAAUUGAUCAGGCUGACUUGGUUAGUUUAUGCGCCUAAUAAUCAUUUUCAUUUACGAAAUAUUGAAAAUAAAUCAUUCAAUCCCCGUUUUUUUGAGCCUGUUGAGCCUGAUGAGGAUGACCUUGAUAUAAUGCCAUAUCUCUUCACCAGAGAGAACUGUUUGGGAAGGUUGAAUGAUGGUGAUCGUUUUGUCUUGAGUUCUUAUUUGGAGCCGGAGGGCAAUUGUUUCGAUAUGUCCAUAUGGUUGUAUAGCCUUGACUGUGAGCUUUACAAUGAAAAUAAUUGUACUGAGAACUAUUGUCAUUAUUCAAAUACGAGAGCUUUUAUCGAUAGAAAAUUAUCAGUUGCUACAAACACUGAGUUACACAAUAUAUUACGAGCAAGGUAUGCAGAAUUACCUGAUAUUGGUGACAAUGCUUUAUUCGAGGAAAAUUAUUUGCAAAGAAGGAGAAUCUGGAGAGAGUUGGACGUUAAGGUGUUCUUUUGGGGGCAGCCGUGUAUUAGUAGAUCGAGAUUCAAUGUCCGACUUGGGUCUCCCUAUUCACGAACUCGAGGCUAACUUUUAUUGAUAUUUUAUCUUUAUGUGAAAAUGCUUGAUGAUUCUUGGUUUCAGGAAACAAAGAAUGUUGUUGAUCAUCAAUGACAUGUUCGCCGAAAUUCCAAUCUCUUAUUAAUGAACAAGCAGUUUGAAGUAAUCAUUGUAAUCAUUUUAGAUGAUUUAAAGUAAAAUACAAAUU